UUCUGCAAGAACAAAAGGCCAAGCCAGCUGAGCUUGGGCCACUGCGACCUCCGUGGGUCGCUGCUACACUUGUCACCACGGGAAAAGGUGGCAAGGAACAGAAAGGACAACACCGAGGAAAAGGUGAAACUCGACAAAGGUCAGCCGCGGCAGUGGAGCGGCGAAUACUUCGAGGAGCGGCUAGGCGUGCAGAGGCCUGGCUGAGAAGUGAAGAAGGAGAAGAAGCGGGCCAGUGCAAAAGACCACGCAGAGAGGAGCUGGACUACGUGGAGGCGCUGCGUUUGCAAUCAGUGCCUGAGAGUGCAGUUCCAGAGUUCCUGGACGAAAGGUCCUACGCUCUGGAAGAAGGAGGCCGCCGAGUGGCACAAGGAAUCGUUGGGGAGGCAGACCAACGAGCUCGACGUGCACAACCAGGAGUUCGAACAGAAGCUGGUGAAGAAGCGGAAGAAGAAGAAGAGGAAAGAACCCUCUUAGGUGACGGAGACGAGACGGUCGACGAAGAGGAGGCCGCGACAGUCUUCGACGACAACGAGACCCACUUCCCCGAGGAGUUCCAGACGAUCCUGCCGGACGAGGACUCCGAGACCGAGUGGGAGACAGCAGAAAGCAGUUCAGUAGCGGCGUCAGAAGUCGCACGAGCUGUUCGAGACCUCGACCUCCGAAGCGAGAAGGCCAAGGAGGAAGUGAAAGAGAAAGAAGAGGAACAGGCGCCUCUGGUUCGCGAAGCAACUGGACGAGCGACAGCGGGGCUUGGGCUGAAGGGUGGUAUCCUGGCAACAGCGGGUAUCACCGAGGGUGGCGCGGAGGCCGCUGGUGAGGCGCAGAUUGCGCAGCUACAGGAGCAGCAAAACAGACUGCUGGAAGGUCUGCGUAGAGCCAACGCAGGCUAUGAAAGUCAAGCUGCCAGGUUGAAUGAAACUGUGUGGCGUCGACUUGUGAAGUUGACUGAGCCAGCCUACAGAACUAAGGAAGAAAAGAUUUCGAUUCUUGCGCAUGUGGCCCCAGCAGAGCUUCAGCAGAGCAUCUUCAUGCACAGCGACGCUCUGGACACGUAUGCCAAGAUUCGGGACUACAUAGAGCAGUACCUGAUCAACAAGAAUGUGUGGAAGCGACCUCAGGGAUCACAGUUUGGACUCACUAAGGUUGCUAACAAGACGGAUGAUGGAGGACCGAUGCCCAUGGACAUUGGCGCAGUGCUUGUGAGUGCAGUGUCAGCUGACGAUGAGUUUACUUAUUUGUUGGUUGACUCGGGAGCAUGUGAAAACGUUGCAAAGCAUGGUGAGUUUCAGGACCCCAUCAAUACUUCUUUGGGUAAACCACUGUUUGGAGUACAGGGAAACCCUUUGACUGUGUAUGGGAAGCAGUUUCCACGAGUGGAAGUUGGCAAUCUGAAAGGUUGCAUGUCAAUGACCGUCACGGACUCAGCAGAGAGUUUACUGUCAGUGUAUAACUUGGUUGACAAAGGUCACAAGGUUCACUUUGAACAAGGAAAUUGCUACAUGAUAACCAGCACAAACGAGAAGGUCCCAUUGGAAUUGCAUGGCAAACGUUGGUACCUGAAAGUGAACCAGAACAAGCAGGAAGAUGCGAGCAGUACAAGCUCGUCUGGUGCAACCAGAAGAGUAGCAGCUAUGAGAGGCGUCAGAGUUGAAGAAGAACGAGAGCCAGACACUUGGAAAAUGGAGUCCAAUGAAGAUGGUGACUUCGUGAUCCGAGUGCACAACACCCCUCGUUUUCAACUGUUCAAUCCUGAAAGGGUUGAUGAUCUGCCAGUGGAUAUUGCAAAGCUCAAGCCGGGCAGACUCACAAAGAUGUACUUCACAGAAGAUGGAUCGCAUGAGACAAAUGAAAGAGAAGGUGACAAAGUGGAGGCAGAGAAAGUGGAAGGAUUGGUCAAUCCCGAGCAGGACAUGGACGAUUUCUUCAUGGACUGGAUCAUGGACGAUCCAGAGGAUGGAAUGGACCGCAAGGAGAAAGAAGCUGAAGAGAUCAGAGAACAAAGACAGUUGCAAGAGAAAGGAGGAGAUGAGCACGUGAAAGAACCUGACGUGCCAGUGGCGCCUAGUCAAGAAGCACGAGAGAAGCACAUGUUGCACCAUGCAAAUUUUGAACCAUGGUGUGAAGUGUGUGUACAAGGACAAGGGCGUGACGCACCUCACAGAAAGCAGAAAGAGGACAAGAAGCAGCACAUCAUCUACUCAGACUACAUGUUCUUCAGCACAAGUGGAAACGAAGUGGGCAAAGAGGAAGGAAUGAAACAGAAAGGCCUGAUUACCGUUUUGACUGCCAUCUGCAAGGACAGUCAGUAUCCAUUUGCCAUGGUGGUGCCUGCCAAAGGAGGAGGGUACUACGCAAGAGAUGCUUUGGCAAAUUGGAUUCGUGAACUUGGAUGGGAGAAGGUGGUCAUCCAGACGGACAAGGAGAAGAUCGGCACGGACCACUACAUGUUUCCAUGGGUGGUGAGACACAGUGCCUGGACUUUGGCAAGAUUUCACAUCAACAAGACGAAGACCACAGCUUUCCAGGUGAUCAAAGGAAGAGAGUAUAUCAGUGAACUGAUGCCGCUCGGAGAAACAGUCAUGGGAAAGUAUCCAAAGGUCAAAGACAAAGCAGCGCCUAGAUGGGUGAAAGGAAUCUAUGCAGGAAAGACAGAAAGUUCAGACGAACACUUGGUACUCACAAGUUCUGGAGCUUUGACAUUCAGGACCGUGAGAAGACUGCCAAAGGGAUCACAAUUCCAGAACGCCGUCAUGGAUGCAGCUAGAGGAGCACCAUGGAACACCGUUUUGGGAUCAGACAGAGCAAAGCCAGAUCCGGUGAGAUCAGAACUCAAGCUCAAGAUGGUUCCUGAACUGGGAGCACAAGAAACCUAUGAGUUUGAAGAGGGAGAAGAGAAAGAGCAAGGAAGUUUGCCAGCAGUUGUUGGCAAGAGCAGUGUUGUGCCAGCACCAGUUACACCGGCAGUGGCGCCAUCACCAAACACACCAAAGGUGAAGAGUGGCUCAGCGCCAGGAACGCCGAGAUGUAGAACUGGAACUAGGUCAGCACCAGGAACGCCAAGAAAUCAGAGCCCUCAGAAAGCGCAAAAGACAGAACCAGGAGAAGCACCAAAGGCAAUGAAGGUUGAUGCUGAAGGAGAAAGCAUUAGCAUCGAGGAGAAGGAAGCGAAGAAACAGCGCGUGAGUGAGGAAAGCACCUCUGCUAACCCAGCGGGGGAUACCGCAAUGUUGCAUCGAGCACCUCAAGUGUUCAGAAUCGACACACCUCCGGAAGCAGCGAUGAGCGAUGCAGCCCAAGAUGUGGUAUCUAGCAUUGGUGAAGGAAUAGUACUCGAGCCCGACAAGCUCAAGGAAAGGCACAAGGUCUUCAGCAACGAGGACUACCGGUACUUCAAGAAGUGGCUGGAAGAGAGAAAAGACAACUUCGAGACAGAGACUGUUGCAAACAUCAUGGAUUACCUAGACACCUUGGGACCAGAAGGUGAAGAACGGAAACUUGCUAGGAAGGCAGAACUGAAGAAGUUGAAUGAAUCCUUUGAAGCCUUUACACCCAGAGACCGAAGAGCUCUACCAAAAGAAAUCAUUGUGUUCGGACACAAAUGGGUGGACAAGGUGAGCGAAGGAGUAGCAAAAUCCAGAUUGACAUGUCAGGAUUUCAAACGCCGAGGACAAAAGGAAGACAAGAACAGUUCAGAAGCUCCGAGUAACUUCUGUCCAACACCGUUCGCAGCGUCAAGAAAGAUACUGGAAGUGUAUUCCAUGAGCACAGGAAUGCCACGAUGCAAAGCAGAUUUGACAUCAGCUUUUCUGAUCGCAGCAGAUCAAGGAGAUCGAACAGGACAACCAGUCAUGAUGAAACCUCCAGAGGAAUGGCUUGAGGAGUAUGACGAAUGGCUCCUUUUGCAAAGCAAGGAAGUACAAGAAGAACUGAAGGAUGUUCCAAAGUCAGAAAUAGUUUGGCAAGUCAAUGGCAAUCUGUAUGGUCGGCAAUCAGCAGCAGCGCAGUACAGAGACAGGCUGGACACAAUUGUGACGAAGGAACUACCAAAGGACAAGUACGAGUUCACUCGAGGCCAAAUCGACGCAUGUGUCUACAAGUGCAAGAAGACAGGGACAGUCCUGUUGUUACACCACAUCGACGACUUUGACAUCUGUGGACCAGAAGAGGUCAUUCAGGAUUUGCUGAUGAUCCAGCUACCUAGGACGAAGAUCAGUGUGGAAGAAGCUGUAAUCACCAAACCAAAUGCAAAGCAUAUCAACACGAUAUUGACUCAACUAGGUUUGGAGAAUGCCAAGCCAGGACCUGUUCCAGGCAAGAAGCUGCAACUGGAACGUGACAAGCUGUUAGAUGAGAAACAGAAAGCAAUCUUUGCAAGUUGUGUAGGUAGUGCAAUCUACUUAUCACAAGACAGACCUGACAUAAAGUUCAGUGUGAAAGAACUGGCGAAAAGGAUCCGAGAACCAAGAGAGUGUGACAUGAUCAACUUGAAAGUCUUAGGAAGAUACUUAAAAGGAACUGUGAAUUAUGGACACGUGACAAAGGUAGCAGAAGGACUCUACAUCAAAGAAGGACUUCCGUUGCACAGUUAUUGUGACAGUGACUGGGCGGGAGAUGUGGAGACCAGACGUUCGACGAGUGGAGAAGCUAUCUUCUUAGGCGAAAUGGUGAAAGUUGGAACGGAACGAAUCGGACUGGUCGACCUGACUGCUGAGCACGACGUCUACUACAUCUCCAAAUAUGGAGAAAGAGUGCACAGCACAGACAAGUGC